AUGUCAAAUACUUCAUUAACAAAAUCAACCAGUGUUGAACAACCAAAACCCCACAGACCUAUAAGUCUAUACGUGACUCCUCCGUUAGAUAUAGAUGAUUCCAAUCCAAGAAGGGGUAGUUCCACUAGUGAAGAAGAGGAUGAUGAAGACGACGACGUGAUGGACAAACAUUCAUGUGAACUGUCUCAGUUGCAAUUUACUCCACCAUCAUCUUUAAAUAAUGGAAAGUUUAUGCAUAUGUUACGUCCUACUACUCCACCAAUGAAUGAAAAUAACUCUCCAACUAGUUCCACAUCUCCAUUUAAAUACCAUCAACCGCCUUCUAAAAAAUCACUACUGAAACAAGGAGGAUAUUCCACUUCAGAAAGUAUAUUGCUGUCGCCAUCCAAACUAUUCAAGAGAUUAUCAAGAAAAUUUUCAAGUUCAUCCGGUGGAAGUAAUGAAAGUAGAAGAAACUCACUGAUUAUUUCUUCUUCAAUACCAAAUUCAGUUUCAACCACUACUUUAAAAUCUGUUCUUGAACUGCCCACAAAAGAUUCACAAUCACCAAAGAAUAUAGAACCGGCUUCUACAAAAUCUUCUUCUGCCAAACCAACAACUAAUACAUCUUCUGAGAAAACCACACCAAAAAAUGAGACAACUGAGCCUGAGAAUAUCACCAUGAUGUCUUCUCCAACGAGCAUAGUUACAAGAGUAAAAGUGUCAAAAAGUCAUCCAGAAAAGGAUAUUGAAACAACACAACUACAACAAGAAUUGACUACUAUACCUGCAAACCAAAGCGAACAACAAGAUGAAGAGGACCAUGAUGAAAUAAUUACUGGUAUUCAAGACAUUACUUCAUUUUCAGGAUUUUCUUUAGACAGAAAAGCUUCUAUCACCAACGAAUCACAUCAAAAGAGUACAUUUUCAAAUGAUACACCUAACACAGCCAUGGGUAGUCAUAGUUUACAAGAACCACAAGAUCAUUACUAUUCCCCAUCUCCUUCAUCUUCAAAACAAACCAAUAAUGACCCUGUUUCUUCGACUCCUAUCAGCGUGACACGAAAUUCUACCAAGAAAUCAAACUCAUCAAAAUUAUCAAGAAGUCAUUCGUCUUCUAAAUCAUCUUCAAACUCUGAACAGGUUUUAGUGUUGAGGAUUUUUAUGAGAGACCCAGAUACUAAGGAAAUUAUUUCUAUUACUAUUAAAUUGAGAAAAGACAAAUUAAGAAAUAUCAAUGAAUUGACCAAUUUGGUUUUGUUUAAAUUGAUGGGUAAAAAACAAGAUUUGAAUAUCAAUAAUGUCAAGUUGUUAAUAUUUUUCAAAAAUAAGAAUUUAAAACCAAUCUUACUCAAAGAUUCAGUCAACAAAAAAUCCAAGUCAUUAGAAAACGCUCUCAAUAAAGAAUUCGGUAGUGAUAAAGAUGAUUUGUUAUUAGACUACGUUCAAAUGAAAGAUAAAUUGUAUAUCAAAGCGUCAAUUUAA